GCGGCAGCGCGGGGGGCGGGGGGGCGCGCCCUGGGGGUUGCGAACCCCGCGAUGGGUCCCGACGCCACAGCGGCGCGGCGGAGGUCGUUGCUGCUGCUGCUGCUGCUGCUGCUGUGGUCGGGCGCGCUCGCCUUGGCGGGCAGCCCGCACAGGGUCCUCCACGACCUCCUGUCGGAGCAGCGGUUGCUGGAGGUGGAGGACUGGUCCCUGAGCCUGCUGCAGGGCGGAAGGCUGGGGCCGCUGUCACUGCCCCCCGGCCUGCCGGAUCUGGAUCCCGAGUGUCGGGAGCUGUUACUGGACUUCGCCCGCAGCAGCGCGGAGCUGACCGGGUGCCUGGUGCGCAGCGCGCGGCCGGUGCGCCUGUGUCAGGCCUGCUACCCGCUCUUCCAACAGGUCGCCGGCAAGACGGACAACAUCAGCCGCGCCGUGGGGAAUACAUCAGAGAGUCAUAGUUGUGCCAGAAGUCUCUUAAUGGCAGAUAGAAUGCAGAUAGUUGUGAUUCUGUCUGAGUUUUUUAAUUCCACGUGGCAGAAGGCAAAUUGUGCAAAUUGUUUAACAAACAAAAGUGAAGAAUUAUCAAAUAGCACACUGUACUUCCUCAGUCUAUUUAAUCACACCUUGACCUGCUUUGAGCAUAACCUCCAGGGGAGCAUUCACAGUCUUCUGCAGUUAAAGAAUUAUUCAGAAGUUUGCAAAAACUGUCGUGAAGCAUACAAAACUCUGAGUAAUUUGUACAAUGAAAUGCAAAAAAUGAAUGAACUUGAGAAUAAGGCUGAAUCUGGAACACACUUAUGCAUUGAUGUGGAAGAUGCAAUGAACAUUACUCGAAAACUUUGGAGUCGAACUUUCAAUUGUUCAGUCCCAUGCAGUGACACAGUGCCUGUCAUUGCUGUUUCUGUGUUCAUUCUCUUUCUACCUGUUGUCUUCUACCUUAGUAGCUUUCUUCAUUCGGAGCAAAAGAAACGUAAACUCAUUCUACCCAAACGUCUCAAGUCCAGUACCAGCUUUGCAAACAUUCAGGAAAAUUCAAACUGAAAUCUAGAAAAUAGAGAAUUAACAUCAUAUGCCAUGGAUGGAUGCUGGAAGAUACAGCUUGGUUCAAAAGAAGAUUAACUGAUUCGACAAGUCAACUUCCUCAGAAAUGCAAGGACUUCAGAUUUAUUUUUAAAUAAGAAUUUUCCAUUUUUCUUUCCUUUUCCAUCCCUUUUUUAAGAGUUUAGGUAUUUUAAAUUUCCAGGCCUAGCAAUGUUGUCUAUGUUAAAAUGUAUUUGUUACAAUAACAAAAGAUGCAAGAACAAUCUUCAUUUUAUUUUGUAGGCAUAGUUCUACUAUUUGAGACUUCUGGUAUCUCCUUAUUAACAUAGUAUAUAAGAGGCAAAGUUUUUGAAAACUAACAUUUGAAAAUUAACCAGUUAUAGCAAAGACUUUGGGAAAAGAAAUAUACUUGCCAAAAGGUAGCAGGUCCAAAGAUUAAUUUAAAUUACUCACCAUUGCAGUAUUAUUGUUACAUAUGUAUUUAAUAUGUCAUACAUUACAAAUAAUAUGUAAUUCAAUCCCUAGUUUCCUUAAUGUCAUUUUUGAAACCACUAAUUAUAAACUCCCUAACAAUUUUUAGAAGCAGGAAGGCACAUUACAUUUGUCUUUGUAGAAAGAUUUAUGGAAACUGGAUUCUUACUUAACUUUUACAAAUAGUAUUUUGCACCUUAUUUUGCUUUUAUUUUAUAAGUAAUUUGAAAUCACUGGACUGCUGUAUUAUAUUCAGGGCAAGAUGGAUUCUUUUUCUACCAGGGAUUUGCAUUGUGAAUUACAUUAAGUUAUUUGGCAAUUUGUAAUUUAUUACUACUGUAAAUCAAAUGUAGUGUUAUCACAAUAUAUUUAAGUUGUGAUUUUUUCAAUGAAGAUUCUCUUGGGUUAUGUGGAGAUUUUUGGAGGGGAGAGAUAGGAAGGGUGCAAAUAACUUAAGGUUCAGAAAAUAGAUAGGGAGAGACCUGAGGGGAUGCUCACUCACUGUAAGACUGUUGAAUGAUUCAUGUUGAAGGUCUGAGUUAAAAUGAGAGAAUGAUACAUAAAGCAGUUAGGUUAAGAUGCUUAUUUUUUUCUAAAUUAUUUAGAUCAGAUAAACAUGAUGUGGAAAUGAAGUCAGGUAUUUCACUAUCAGAAAGCAAAUUCUAUUUUGGAAUGUUUAUAUCAACCUUUUUUUUUUUUUUUUUUUAAAGAAAAGCUUCAUUUCAGAAUUGAUCACAGCUUUUUUCCUCAGGUUUUUAGUGUUAGGUAUUUCAUUUGUUAAUUCCUUCUUUCUUGGUGGAAAUAGGCUUUGUUUUAAAUGUUGAGAAUGUGAAGCCUGCUCUAUAUAGAAAUGAGAGGUUAAAUAGUACAAGAAUUUUAAUCCCUUUGUAUACUAUGAAAUGCUCUAUAAAGAGACAAGAAUGUGUUUUUAAUCUUUUUUAAUGUUUACUGUAUAUGCAGAACAAACAAGAAGGCUCAUCUUUGGAUUUAUAACAUAUCCAAAGGCUGUUACAGUUUUUCUAGUCUGCUGUGAUCCAUUUAAAAUGUGCUGGGGUUUAUUCUAGUGUCACUGCUCAUGCUGCUGAUACUAAUGGCACUAUCUUGAUUUGAAGCAUAUAGUUGAGGGCCAUUGAAAGCAAUCUUUCAUUAAUGCAGAUAAAACCAGUUUACAUAUGCAGAGUUACAAAAUGGCAUAUCUGAAUCUGUAAGUAAUGACUCUCUGAUCACCUUUCAAAGUUACAUAUUUCUAAAAACCAUUGCUUUUGGAUAUGGUUGCUAAUAAGCACUUUAGAAAAGAAAAAAAAACACCUCUACUAUUUUUCUGGUCAGGUCAUUGCUCUUUAGAAGUAGCAUCAGCAAUAGAUUCCAAAAAUAAGUAGUAAGCAUUACGCUAAAGUGUGUAAAUACUUCAUUUUUUAGUCAUAUUGAAAAAUUCUUUGCAUAGUUUUAAAUUCUGAGACACAUAGUAUAUGUGUAUGCAUAAGAUCAUCUUCAGCUUUUUGACACUUUGAAAUAAAGUAAUUUAAGGAAAUUGCAGUGCCAUA